CGGUCUGAGUUGGACAGCCCUCCAUUUCUCUGCCACUUCCUGCUCUCGCUCCGCCUCCCUCCUCAUGGUGACUGAAAGAUCUCUGCAGAAUAUGGAAGGUGACUACCAGCCCAGCCAAGAUCCCAUCAUGGACCCCGACUCACAGCUCGUGCUGCUUACUGGUUUUGGUCCAUUCCGACAGUACGUCACUAACCCGAGCUGGGCUGCAGUUCAGGAGCUGAAGAAAUUAGGCCUGGGGGAGAAUGUUCGACUGGAAAUUGUGGAACUGCCUGUUCACUAUCAACGAACCCGGGAGCUGUUGAGCAGGAUGUGGGAGUCACAACAACCACAGCUGGCUGUCCAUGUCGGAGUAGCAACUGCAUCGAAGGUGAUUAUUCUUGAACAGCUCGCCAAGAAUCACGGAUACACAGAUCAUGAUGUCUGUGGUUUAUGUCCAGCAGGAUACUGCUGUGUAGAAGGAGGUCCAGAGAAGAUCGAGUCACUCAUCAAAAUGCAAGCCAUCUGUAAAAAAUUAUCGGGGAUGGAUAUUGGAAUCAUUUAUUCAAGGCAUGCGGGGAGGUAUCUUUGCGAAUAUGCUUAUUACCUUUCACUGCACCAUGGCAACAGGAAAGCCGCCUUCAUUCAUAUCCCUCAGCUGAGUGACGGACUUACAGCUGAGAGUAUUGGGAAGUUCCUCCAGCCGAUUGUCCAAGAAAUGCUGGAACAACUGAAGACAGCACUCCAUUGAGAACAGUUUUCGUUAAGGUGGUUGGAGAAGGGACGGUGAAUCGUUAGCCAAGCACACUUCCUCCACCCUUACCACGUAGAGGACAAGACUCAUUGCACUCUUCCUACUCUCGCAUGACCUCAAAAUCUUCUCGGGACUGCUUCCUGAGUUGCGCCUUCCUUAUGUGACUUAACUCCAAGCUAGAUGCCUCCAAGCCUCCUGUCCCUCUCCAAUCUCUUUUAAAAAAUACUGUUCAGAAGUUCCAGUUUCCAUCACUCGAAGCAGGAUUUUCCUGAAUUGCAUCAAACUCAGUAGAUCAUCCCAAAGUCCCUCAUAUGGUGUUUCAACACAGCACAAUAUAGAAAGAAAUACACUUCAUUUCUGCAGCACCAUCACAACCACAGACCCUCCCCAAAGUGCUUUAGGGCCAAUUAGUAUUUUUUUUUAAAGUGUAGACACUUACAAUGUAGGAAUCAAUAAUGAUGGUCAAUUGAUGAACAGCAAGCUCCCAGAAACAGCAAUGUGAUAAAGGCCUAUUUACUGUAACAGAGAGUUCAGUGACUAGGGGGCAUAGAUUUAAAGUGAUUGGUAGAAAGAUUAGAGGGGAGAUGAGGAAAAACUUUCUCUACCCGGAGGGUGGUGGGGGUCUGGAACUUACUGCCUGAAAGGGUAAUAGAGGCAGGAGCCCUCAUCUCAUUUAAAAAGUGUCUGAAUGUGCACCUCAAGUGCCAUAACCUGCAGGGAUACUGACCAAAUGCUGGAAAGCGGGAUUAGGCUGGGUGGCUCAAUUUUCACCUGGCACAGACACAAUAGGCCAAAUGUGCCGUAAACUUUCCAUGACCCCAUAAUGAUCAGAUAAGCAGUUUUGGUUUGAGCAAUGUUGGUCAAGAGAUAAAUAUUGAUUCACCAGAACUCCCCUAACUCUUCUCAGAAAUUGUACCAUGGGAUCGCUUCUAUCCACCUUGGGAAUGAAGAGGGCGGUUUUGGUUUAAUGUCUCCCCUCGGAAAAGAUGGCGCCUCCCACCCGUUGCAUUCUCUCAACAUUGCGCUGCACUGGGUGCAUCAUCCUGGGUUAUGCGCUCAAGUGUCUGGAGUGGGGCUUGAACCCAGGUCUUCCUGAUAUGGAGGAGCGUGUGUUACCAACAGUUAAAUGAGUCAUCCUGUUUAUGCACCAAACUGUACAGUUAAAUUGUGUGUUGGUUGUGACUUUGUGGGCUAACAACAUGCCUUAAAUAUCUGGAUCAAAGGGCACUGAUAACUCUGCGUGCAGUUUGCUGUUUAUAUUUGAAGUGCUGAACUUUGCUCCGAAUACUCUCCCUCUCUCGUCUAACUUGUAACAUUCCGAU